AUGGGCAUCCUUCCUUGGAAGUCAGGGAAAGGCGUGUGGGAGACAAGGGUGAGCUGGAUGACCUUGGGCACGUUCUGUACCUUGGACCGGAGCGUGACCCUGCUGGAGGUGUGCGGGAGCUGGCCAGAGGGCUUUGGGCUGCGGCACAUGGCCUCCACGGAGCACAGCGAGGAGGGCCUGCGGGAGCGGCUGGCCGACGCCAUGGCUGAGUCCCCGAGCCGGGACGUGGUGGGACCCGGAGCAGACACAGCCCUUGACGUAGCAGUAAAAACCACCACCCCCGAGAGACACAUGGCUGUGAAGUGUGUUGAACUCCAGCGAGAGGGAAGCAUCGAGACCCUGAGUAACAGCUCGGGCUCCACCAGCGGCAGCAUCCCGAGGAACUUCGACGGCUACCGGUCUCCGCUGCCCACCAACGAGAGCCAGCCCCUCAGCCUCUUCCCCACCAGCUUCCCGUAG